AGCUACUAUUAGAGCGGGAGAGAGUGAGUGAAAGCUAGAUAGAGAGCGAAAGAGAGAACGAGAAAGAGAGAGGCUGAGAGUGAAAGGUGAGAUAGCGAGAGAGAGAGAGAGACGGACAACGUGAGUAAGGAAGAAAGAGUAAAGAAAAAUAAAGAAACAGAGCAAAAAAUAAGGAGAGAAAGAGAGAGAUUAGAGGAAAGGAAAGAGAGAGAGAGAGAGAGAGAGAGAGGAGAAAAAGAACGAAAAAGAGACAGAGACGACACAAUGAGUAAUAUAACCAAUUUCACUGUGAGGAAUAUGCAAAUUAAUCAGAAUGUUACUCUUACGUAUGGGAUCAUCUCAAUAUUAGGCUUUUUUACAAAUUUGUUAUCAAUUCUAAUAAUAUUUGUGAACAAAAAGUUGAGAACUCCGCAUAACAUGUACGUUGUUAAUUUAUUCGUGGCCGAUAUCUAUUUAUCAAUUAAUGCAUUUUUGUUUUUGAUGGAAGAAUUCAAAAUUUUCUUCGUUAAUGGAUUAUUAUGCAGAUUCUUCGCUUUUUUGACUUUCUCUCCUCCCGUUGCAGUAUCAUUUUGUAUGGUUUUUAUUGCCUGUAACCGUUAUGUAGCAAUUUUAAGAAAUUCAACUAAAAUUACCAUGAAAACUACCCUAAUAUGCAUUGCAAUUGUAUGGAAUUUGUCUUUACUUGUUUCACUACCUCAACUUCUCCAUCUUGUCCCAGUUAGAUUACGCUUCAGUUGCGUAUGCUGUUUCGUUUUCGAGGAUAAUAUACCAUACGGAAUAUUUGUUACUGUUGCUGUUUUCGCCGUUCCCAACAUUGUUACCUGCUUCGUUUAUUGUCAAAUCUACGUUACUGUGAAAAGGGCCAGGGUAAAAGUGGCUGUACAAAAUAGUAGUCAUCUCGACCCGAAACACACAAAAUUGGCUGUUCAAUUCAUUAUUCUAUUCGUAUUAUUCAAUGCUAGCUAUAUGCCUUCGAUGAUUGUCAUGUGGUUGGAUAAGGACGACAAUCCGAUAUCGGCUGGUGUCAAAUCAACUGUUAUGAUAUUAUUUAGCUUAAACUUGAUUACUAAUCCUGUCGUCUAUUUUGCUAUGAAUACCACGGCAAGAGAAGUUUUAUGUCGUCGCAAACAAUCAAAGUCUUGCCAUUGCAUAAAGAGUACAUAGUAUUUAUUUCAUAUUGUUUCUGCUGUUGUUUCUUUUGGCUAUUUUAAUUAAAAAUAUAAUAAAAGCCUUAUUUCUUCCUUGUUCUCUUUUUAAUAAUAGAA